AUGGGACAUGAGAACAUCACAGAAUUUAUCCUCCUGGGACUCUCUAGAGAUGAGGACGUGGAGGUUGCCUGCUUUGUGCUUUUCUCACUUUGCUAUAUUGCAAUUCUCUCAGGAAACCUGCUCAUUCUUUUCACCAUCAGGGGCAGCCGUCUCAGUGAGCAGCCCAUGUACUUUUUCCUCAGCUGCCUGUCCUUCAUGGAUGUCUGUUUCACCUCCACAGUGGCCCCCAAACUCAUCACAGACUCGCUGGCUCAGAGGAAGACCAUCUCCUACAACAGCUGCAUGGCCCAGAUGUUUUAUGCCCACUUUUUUGGUGCUGCGGAGAUCUUCAUCUUGGUGGCCAUGGCCUAUGACCGCUAUGCAGCCAUCUGUAGACCCCUCCGCUAUACUGCCAUCAUGAGCAGACGGGUGUGCUAUGCCCUUGUGGUGGCCUCCAUUCUCGCGGCAUUUAUCCACUCAAUCCUGCACGUAUUGGUCAUCACGGUGCUGCCCUUCUGUGGCCCCAAUCAGAUAGACCACUAUUUCUGUGACAUAUUCCCCUUGCUGAAGCUGGCCUGCACUGACACUAGCCUUCUGGUUAUUGCGAUCAUCGCCACAACGGGGGUGCUGUCCAUUUUGACUUUUGUUGCCUUGGUAAUUUCCUACGUCAUCAUCCUGUCCACCCUGAGGACCCGCUCGUCCGAGGGCCGCCGCAAAGCCCUCUCUACCUGCGGGUCUCACGUCACUGUCGUGUUCAUGUUCUUCCUGCCGCUCAUCUUCACCUAUGUUCCCAUGGCUGAUUCUGUCAGUAAUGACAAGGUGUUUUCCCUAUUUUACACCAUGAUUGCCCCCAUGUUCAACCCUCUCAUCUACACACUGAGAAACACAGACAUGAAGAAUGCCAUGAGGAGAGUGUGGUGCCGACACAGACUGUUUGAAGGGAAAUGA